AUGGCGGGGACCACGAUUACGUCCCCAGUAGCAAGAGGUUAUAAGUCUAAGCGGUCGAAAAUCAUUGCGAUGGCAGUCGCGGCGGCAUCCGCGUCAGACGUGCAGCCUCUCAUGGCAAACGCGACGGCGGCAGACGGCUCGGCGGAAGGCGCGCACUCGCCUGGCGCGCGGGAGAGGAGCAACGCGGAAGGUGGAGCGGGAGCUGGCAGUCGCGAGAAUGACAAGCAAGCUGGGAUUUCCAGGAGAAAGGAUAACGGCGGUGGAAAGGGUUCACUGGCGAGCAAGGGGAAGUCUUCGCGAAGGGGCAGGAUGACGGGGAAAAGGACAGAGUCAGUUCCAGGUCCGGCAGGGGAAGAGGGCGCAGGGAAUGGUGGUGAGGGCCGAGCCUCCACUGUAGCUGGCCUUCAAUCCUCUAUUCCUUCUGCGAGCCUCCAGACCUCCAUUCCUCCAUUCCCACUGACCGCAGCCGGAGGUUCAGCAGCAGCAGCAGCAGCAGCAGCAGCAGGGUCAGCCGCUGCAUCAGGAGUUUUGCAGGGCAUGUGUGGAUUAUCCGGGGAGCAUGCACUGCGCAGUGCUCUUGUUUCCGCUAUCGUGAGCAGGAUUGAGCAGAUGACGGGGCAAGGACAGACAACUCAGGCUCAGGCGCAGCUGCUGUCCCAGCUGCAGGCCGCACAGGCCGCCUCUGUCCUCGCGAGUCGCCACCUCCGAUCGCGCGCUCCCUGUCGUCCGUUCCGCCGGAUCCCCCACUUUCCACUCUCGCCGUUCCGCUCCGCUUCCGCUCGCCGUGUAUUCGCGCUCUACUUCCGUCCCGCCGAUCGCUCUUGUAUCGAGUCGUCACCCAUGGCUGCUCGCUCCAGCUCUCGCCUCCUCGCGCUCGCCGGCAGGGCGGUGUCCGCAAGGCUCGCCCCCGUUGCUCCCGCAUCCGCGCUACUCGCGGGGAAUGUCGCCCGCGAAUUCGCUACUGCCGCUCCCGCUGAAGAGGAUGUGGUGAAGGCGGCUUUUAUCAAGCAGCAGGCGUCAUUCCGGUCGUAUCUGGAAGGUCUCAAGAAGGUUCCCAUCCCCAUGGACGCGGCUGACGACAAGGCCACCAAGGCGUACGCUGCUGCCGUUAAGAACAUCCGCGAGAGCCUGGGCAUCCCGUCCUUCUCCGAGAAGCUCUCCAACCUGCUCGAGUCAGCAGAGGAAGACUCGCGGGACGUGCGCAGCUUCCUGGAAGAAUCCCGCAUCAUCCGCAGGCAGCUAGGAGUGGAGGACAAGCUGGGGGCGGAGAAGCUCAUGUUUGCAGCGCUGGACAGUGUCGAGAAGAAGCUGGGGAAGGCGCUGGUGGGGGAUGAUGUGAAGGGCAUGGCGAUGCUGGAGGAGGAGGUCAACGGCAUCAACAAGAAGCUGGGCCUGAAGGACGGCGAGUUGGAGCCGUUGGAGCAGCAGCUGGAGACGAGCAUGGCCAAGACGGACAUCGCUGCCUUUGCCAGCGAGGCAACGCAGAAGAUUGGCACGUACCAGAAGAGGGACGGCUUGGAGGACAUCCAGGUGGACCUCAAGACCCUGGAUCCCAAGGCUUACAUGUGA